AUGGCAAGCAUAAAAUCGUUCGCCAGCGACGAUGAAGCAAUUCACAAUGUCAAAACCAAGAAACCACGCAGGGAAAAACCCAGCUUUGGCGGCAUUAUCAAGCUUAAAAAACCUCCUCCCAAGCAUAACAAGCCUGGCAACUGGCUUGAUGGUAGUAUACUGGAUGAAGGAAAAAAAAAGAGAAUCGAUGAACUAGAUCAGCAAACCGCCUCACUGGAGCCAGUUGUCAACCAGCUUGACGAUGCAGCGUGGGAAACAUUUCCUACAGGUCGGCCACUCGUCGACUCGCCGGACCUGACGAGAUGUACAAUCUGCAAGAAGAUGAUACUCAAAAGUGUCAGCGCAAUACAUGUUACUGCAUGUAAUAAAUUAAAAAAAGAGAAAGCCCAGCGUAAAAAAGAGCAAAAAGAAGCACGCGAAAGAGAACGACGUGAAGCAGAAGGAGCCGGCGAAGAAGAGGACGAGGAGGAAGAUGCCGACGAUAAAUCCGGGAAUGGCAUCAAAUCAAUCAAGAAGAGUGCAGGGAAAAAAGUUGAUCCUACAGAUGAAAGAAAAAGUAAAAAGAGAAAAGCCGAGACAGAUGCAGAAAAAGGACCGCGGUUAAAGAAGAAGAAAGACGAACCUAAACCCAAGCAUCCAAAACAGAAGGGUCCAGUUGAUGUUGAAAGGCAAUGUGGGGUCAUAAAAGAUGGUGUUCCUUGUGCCAGAUCAUUAACAUGUAAGUCCCACUCGAUGGGCGCCAAACGGGCUGUGGCGGGACGAUCUCUUCCAUACGACUUUCUCCUCGCAGCCUACCAAAAGAAAAAUCAGGCAAAACAGCAAAAGGCUGCCAUUGAUGCAAACGCGCCACUUGAAGAUGAAGACCCAACUCUGGGACCAAUCGAUUCAGAUGAAGAGCUUAGUGCAGUAAUGCAUGGCUUCUCAAACUGGAAUCCGCGGCCAGCUGUGCCCCCUUUAGUACAAAUUCCCAUAGAUCGUAAAUACAUGCGCGAGCGCCUACGCGAACAACUAUCACAAGCUACAAACGGAUUUACAUUAAAUAUAUUUAAGGUUAAGGCUCCUGUUGAUGAAGUUGAAUCCAAACCGGAGGAGAGCUCGGGUGCGGGAAAUAUUUUGGCCAGUCGAAAACCAAGCCUAAGUGGGGAAGGCUUGGUAUCAACAGAUUAA